AUGGCCAGUUUUGCAGGGGCAUUCAGCGGCCUGCUUGCAUUUGCGUUGGCCAAGUUGGAUGGCGCAGGAGGGCUUGAAGGAUGGCGUUGGAUAUUCAUUAUCGAGGGUGCCGUCACAGUUGCUGUCGCUCUCGCAGUCCCAUGGGUUCUGCCAGACUCGCCACAGCUUUGCAGCUUUCUCACGCCCGAAGAGAAAGCCUUUGUGGACCGCCGUCUGGCUCACGAUGCAGGCACACAACAAGGCCGAGUUGCAACUCAUGAAGGCUACCAGUUCUCCUCGAUCAAGUCCGCCCUGCUAGAUUGGAGAAUUUGGUUCUGCUGCAUCAUCUACAACGGUGGCAGCAUUCCGGUCUAUGGCUUCACAUACACUGUUCCGUCGGUCAUUGUCGAGCUCGGCUAUACUGGUGAACAAGCCCAACUACUCACUAUUCCACUGUAUAUUGGGGGAGUGAUCUCAACCAUCGGCUUCUCUCUUUACUCGGAUAAGAAGAGGAUACGCUGGCACAGCAUCGUGAUCCCAUUUUCGAUCGCGCUCAUCGGCUUCGUUGCACUCAUCUCCAUCCCUCACCCCAGACUUCCAGGUUUAACCUAUGCAGCGCUAUUCCUGGUGCCAAUCGGAGUGUAUCCUCCUAUUGUUGCCCUCAUCUCGUGGAUUGGCAACAAUCUCUCCCCUACUUGGAAACGAGCCACAGUUGCAAUUUGCGGAACCUUGAUCCUCAGGUGGGCAUUCCUGCGAGAGAACAAGCGCAGAGACCAGAUCCCACUAGAGGAAGUGCGGGCGAGAUAUACCGAGCAAGAGCUUUUGGAUCUGGGGGAUAGAAGCCCAUUGUACAGAUAUGUGCUAUAA